AUGAUUGGCCUCAAGCUCAUUCAAACCUCCUUCACCCCCAUCAAACAUGCCAAUUUACACACAGGACGAUUGUCCAACGCCAAGAAUUCCAUCUUGCGAUUCAGCAAGUCCAAUGAUUCUGAUUCGGAGUCAGAUGCUUCCCCUCCCAAAGGCGACACUCACAAGCAAGAGCUGCUGGUGAGGAUAACAAUGCUUCAAGCUCAGAAGGUCCGUCUUGCUGAUUACUUGGAUGAAAGGUCAGAGUAUCUUACCAAAUUUGGAGAAGAGGCAAACGCCAAGUUUGACAAGAUUGGAGAAGAUGCUCUCAAAGACCUGGAUGAAGCCAGCGACAGGGUCUGUUUUUAAGUUCCUGCUCCAUGCACCGCAUAAAAGAUAAAAAAAACGCGACUUGCUAUACACUUCUGUUGGAUAACUUGGAUUAAAUUCUUAAUCGUUUGUGAUUAGCAGAUAUUGGAGAAUAUAAACAGCCGCAUGCAGGCCCUUGAGGAAUC